AUGAGCAUGGACGAUCCCGCUGAGAUGAUGCGCGUGCUACAACAAAAAAUGGACGAGAUGCAGCAACGUCAUGAAGAAGAGAUGGCGGCCGUAAAGGCCGACUGCGAAGCCCGGAUAGCUCGGGAGAUUGGGCGGAUGGACGGGGGAGAGCGAGUGAAGGAUAAAGGAAAGGGGGUGGAAGGAGAACGCCCGCCCCCGGAUACCGAGGGCGAUAGGACUUGGAGGCCUUCCGGAUCGGAGGCAGAAGAAAGUAAGGCUAAAUCGGUGCAUGCGGAGAGCGCUGCCGAGGAUGGGCGGAUGGUAGUCAAGUCGGAGCCUUCAUCCACCUUAUUACUUCCAUUCACCCAGAACAUAAUGAAUGUCCAAAUCUCGGAGCAAUUCAUGGCUCCGCAGUUCAAAAUGUAUAACGGGACAACGGACCCCGCGUCCCAUAUCCAGACAUUCUCGAACGCGAUGGCGUUCCGAACAGGCAAUGACGCCAUUUGGUGCCGAGCAUUCUCGCUCUCGUUAGAAGACGAAGCACUGGAAUGGUUCAACACCCUCCCUCCUAAUUCUAUAGAAAACUUUGCCGGAUUGAAACAACUAUUCAUCAAACAAUUCGCGGCCAGCAGCACCCAAGAUUUGACCGUAUUUGAAUUGAUGACCCUCAAGCAGAGGAAGGACGAAACACUCUGGACGUUUAUGGAUAGGUACCAGAAAACUGUCUGUCGCGUAAAAAGCCUGACCCCCGAGCUCGCCCUUCACUAUAUCCUGCCGGCCCUAAAGCCGGGACCGUUCAAGGAUAGUGUCUGCAGGCAUGCUCCUAAAACAAUGGAGGAACUGAGGGAGAGAGCAGCUGACGAGAUAAGGGUGGAGGAGAUGAAACUCUCCUACAAAAAAGAGAAUCAAGAAGUUAGGGGAGAAAAGACGGACGGUAAUAAAACCGGCUCGUCGACGAGAAAAACGUUCGGCCUUAGACCCGGGGAGCAGAAGAAAGGACCCCGCUUCCAACAGUAUACACCUUUGAACGCCUCAAGGGAGAAAAUUCUCCGAGAGGCCCUGAGUGCAGAGCUGAUAACGGAGCAUGAAGGGAUCCCGACUUCGAAGAACGCUGACCGGAGCAAACACUGCUCCUACCACAAAAACAUGGGUCACAGCACCGAAGAGUGCUGGACCCUCAAAGACAAAAUAUAG